AUGGAAACGCCGGUCCCUACGCCACCUUUCUUUGGUCGAGCAGGACACAAUGAGAUCUUCGAAGAAGCCAAGAACUGCCUUUCACAACUCGACACAUCUGACCUUGACUCGCAGGAAGCUUCUACCCCGUGCUCCCAGUCAAACAAGACAAUAAGCUUUCAGGAGCUUCCACCUUCAAUAAGACAGUCAUGUCUCGCACUUCUCGGCUGUGUUUUUGGUCCUUCCUACGAACACAUGAUUGCGCAAGGAACAAAGAAUGAAAACAGACUAUGGUCGAAUCUGACCGUUCCAGCUGUCAUCACCUCAUUGGAAGCAACAUUCGGGGCCAAGCUGGACCGGCGGAAGAUCAAUCUUGAGCUCAUCGCGCAGCAAAUUUGCAAUAAUACAGCACAGCCAUUUCAAGACAUCGAUACCAGUUCGCAAGAGUGGAUAGGCCAGCUUUGUGGACCAAAUCUGCGAUGGGAGUCGAUAGGACUACUCUGGAGUGUGUUGAGACGUAUUCCUGGGUCAUUAGAGCCGAUAGAGCAGAAUCAGUUUCAUAUCUUGGAGAGUGGUACGGCGAAUAAGCCGGUUCUGGCGUUCUUAAGACACAGCAUCAACUUGGCUCGGCACUUCACGUUGGCUAAUGUCAUCAUAUUGGAUCUUCUGUUCCAAAAGGCGAUCAUGGAGUCGAUGAUUGUCGGGGAUGCCAGUCUGGUUUGCUGGGGUUCUUUUGCAGACGCCGUUUCCGUGAUGACUUACCUCGGAGUUCACGCCGAGAAGCUCACGGAACCAUACAAACCAUCGUUGAGUUCAGAGCAUAAACGACGUCUCUUCGGUCGCGUAUACAAUCUUGAUAAAGCCAUUGUUGCUUUCACGGGGAGGCCGCCGCUGCUUAAUCCGCGGUUUUGCUCGACGCCGCCGCCUCUGGACUUGAGUGAUGACGACCUUCUCGCUGGUGGUGCCGCGCUUGAACGAGCUGUAGGUGAACUUGAUCAUCUUGGUUGGAAUGUGCACGGAGGCGUGUAUCCUUCGAGCAUUUGUCGAGCUGGGUAUCUAAUGGCUGUGAUACUCAAUGAGAUCAUUGAUAUCAGUCUUGGUUCUGGGUCUAUCGCAACCGUUGAAACUAUAAGACAUCUCAAACAACGCCAACUAAAUGUUAUUGCCGAACUUCCCAAGUGCCUAGUCUAUGAUCCCGAUGACCCUACCGAUCUUCCUCUUCCUCGAGGAGAAAUACGGUCGUAUGACAAAGACCUUUCUGACCCUCCCGUUGAGACAAAUGUCGUGUCUCUGAGGAUAUUCAUCCGGUUGACACACCUACAGAACAUGUUCUUACUGGAAAGGCUGCUGGUGCAGUAUGGAUGUCCAGAUGAAGGGGAUGUUCUUUUGGUUUCGUAUGAGAUGAUAACGCUUACUCUAAUGUUCUGGAUGCAUAAGGAUCGGUUCCGUGAUAUUCGGCGUGAUAUGGAGUGGCUGUUGAUGGCUUUUGCAGUACCAGGUGGUGGAAUCCUCUGCCUCGAACUCCUCAGUCCAACAUUUCAGGGCAAACACCCCAAGGACAGCCGCCUAAGUCGAUCGAGUAUUGUUCAACAACUUAGCUUGCUGGUAGGUUUCCUAGACUGGGUUCAUCCAUCAGCACCAAAUGGGGAUCUCUGCGCGAGCUGUAAGAUUGUGAUACAGCGUGUGUUGGAUUAUCAUCUCAACAAUAUGGAUCCGAUGAGUGACGUUGGAUCAUUAGAUCAGUUCAGUUGUGGUUUGGCGGGGAGGUUGAACUUUAGAUUUGAGUUGCUGAAUACGUUUGAUUGGCUUAAUGCAGGAUAA